UUCAGAAGCGUCUGUAAAACAAUGUAGUUGGAAUCUCUGUUGUUGAUUGGUAUUUGAGAGUCGUCUUGGAAUUUUGAUAGGUAUUUCGUCAGUCCAUUCUUUUAUUAAAAUAUUCCACUUUUCAACCAAAUCUACUGGAAGUUGAUCGUCCCAUUUUAGUUUAUUUUCCCAUAGAGAUUGCAUAAAUAUUUUUAAAGGUAAAAUUAAUGGGGUGAUUAAGCCUAACGGGUCAAAGUGUGACGCUAUGAAGGCAAGAAUUUUUCUUUUAGUUAGUAUUUGUGUUGGAGGGAAUGGUUUUAUUUUUAUUUCAAAUAAAUCGGAAUCGGUGUUCCAACAAAGGCCAAGAAUUUUUUGUGAGGGUCCUUUUAAUCUUUUUGUCUCGGGGAUAGGAUCAAGAGCUUCUUUGGAAUUACUAGCGAACUCUUGUAGUUCCAUAUUUGCUUUUUCGAAGAGCUCAUUUACCGCAAUUACUUUAGUUUGAGCGUCUGGGAUAUUUUGAGCGGAAAAGACAAUAUUGUCAACGUAUGUGUUAUUGCUAAUUUCGUCUGAAAGGGCUGAAGGGUGUUGUGAAAGGUGGUGUAAAAUAGUAGCUCCCAAUAGGAAUGGCGAGCAGCAAAGGCCGAAAGGGACUCUAGUAAAGCGAUAAAUUUGUAAAUUACUAUUAUUCAAAGGCUCUUCAAUCGAUUUAAGCCAAAUGAAUCGGGUGGCGUCCCUGUGUGAGGGGUGGACGGAGAUUUGGAGAAAAGCUUUCAUUACGUCUGUUAUAAUUACAAUUUGUGGGAUACGAAAUCGGAGUAAAAUUCCGACUAAAUCUGGAAGAAUUACGGGGCCGGGUUCUAAUGUGUCAUUCAGCGAAUUUUCUUUUCCAAUGUGCGCUGAUCCAUCGUAUACGAUACGAAGUUUGUGGGUAAUUACGGGCUGGUGUGGGAGAUAAUGGAGGGGUGGUGAAUAUUGGGUGGGGUCUAUUACUGGUUCAAUAAUUCCAAGUUUUAGUUGUUCUUGGAUGAUGUUAUUGUAUUUUGUUAGUAAAGCAGUGUCUUUAUUUAAAAUUUUUA